AUGUAUGGACUCAAUUUGGCGACCUUACUAUCCUUGGUCUUGCUUGUAGUGGCAGAAACUCUGCCCAAAGAGUCAUCUUCAGCAAUUGAGCCCUCACAAUGGCUCAACGCCCGUGAUAAAGCAGAUUCAUUGAUCUCCAAGAUGACACUCAAGGAGAAAUCCUUGAUGGUUACAGGGACGUUUGAUGGAACGUGCAUUGAGCACAUCGCACCCAUCAAACGUCUUGGCUUCGGCGGUCUUUGCAUUCAAGACGGUCCCAUUGGACUUCGUCUUGGAGAUCUGGUCAGUGUCUUUCCUUCAGGUGUCACUACUGCUGCGACGUGGGAUAGGCAGUUGAUGGCCCUGAGGGGAGAGGCUAUGGCGGAGGAGUUCAAAGCGAAGGGUGCCCACGUCAUUCUCGGACCCGUUGCAGGCGCUCUUGGUAGGAGUCCAUACGGCGGCCGCAAUUGGGAAGGCUUCUCCCCAGAUCCUUACCUAACCGGCAUCGCCAUGGAUGAAACAAUCCGCGCAAUUCAAGAUACUGGUGUCCAAGCCACCGCAAAGCACCUCGUUGGCAAUGAACAAGAAACACAGCGAAAACCCACCAUGAUAAACGGCAAGAUGGUCGACGCGGUAUCCUCCAACAUUGAUGAUCGCACUAUGCACGAACUGUAUCUCUGGCCUUUUGCUGACGCCGUUCACGCUGGUGUAGCAUCAGUUAUGUGCGGCUAUAACCGUGUCAAUGAGACGUACAGCUGCGAGAACAAGAAUCUCAUUAACAACCUCUUGAAGAAGGAGCUUGGGUUUGAAGGUUAUGUCAUGUCUGACUUUCUGGCGACGCCGCCUGGACUUAUUCCUGUCAAGGCAGGUCUUGAUAUGAACCAACCUGGACCUGUCAAUCUACUUCCCCUUGUUGAGACGUACUGGGGUGAUAACCUUGUCAACGCUGUCAAGAACGAGACACUUUCUGAAACUGACUUGGACGGUAUGGUGCGUCGUAUCUUGACGCCUUACUUCUACCUUGGUCAGGAUAAGGGAUAUCCUUCUGUUGACCCUUCUUCCCAGCCUCUUGUCUACAACGGCUUCAAGUAUCCUUAUCCUGGCCCAUCUCCCGUUGGUCGCGAUGUUCGCGGCAACCACUCUGCUCUCAUCCGCGAGAUAGCAGCUGCUGGAACAGUCUUGCUCAAGAAUGAAGGCUCUAUUCUCCCUUUGAACAAGUCUAUCACCAACAUUGGUCUCUUUGGCAAUGAUGCCGCUGAUCCUUCCGUCGGUACCCUCUUCAGCGACUAUGACGGCAUCGAUAUCGGGACUCUGAUCUCUGGAGGCGGUUCUGGAAGCGGCCGACCCAGCUACGUUGUCAGCCCUUUGGAUGCGUUCAAGGCUUACGCGAAGGAGAACGACAAGCGGCUUCAGUACGUUACCAACAACACUGCUAUUCUCAGCAGCAUGCCUGGCCUGUACCCCUGGCCUGAAGUCUGCAUCGUCUUCCUGAAGUCUUUUGCCACCGAGGGUUUUGAUCGCAAGACCCUUGUCGCAGAUGACAACUCAGUCGAGGUCGUCAAUAGUAUCGCAUCCCGCUGCCCCCGUCGAACAAUCGUCGUAACUCACUCUGGAGGGCCAGACAUCAUGCCAUGGGCGAUGAACCCCAACGUGAGCGCCAUCGUCGCUGCGCAUUAUCCAGGCCAGGAAUCAGGGAACUCCAUCAUGGAUAUCUUGAUCGGAAAGGUCAAUCCCUCUGGAAAGCUCCCAUAUACUAUCGCCAAGAAAGAGGAGGACUACAACGGAAAAAUCGUCAACAUCACUGGGUCUGCCGCAGAAGAUGCUUCAAAAUGGCAAAGUGAUUUCACUGAGGGACUCCUCAUUGACUAUCGACACUUCGACAACAAGGGCCUAGAGCCCGUUUACGAGUUUGGGUACGGGCUCAGCUACACUACCUUUGAUCUAUCCUCAAAGCUCGUCGUCGCCUCAGCGAACAAGAUCUCCGCUCGUGCACCUCCCUCCAACACUACGCUUGCGCUAGGCGGUAACCCUCAUCUUUGGGAAACAGUGGUCAAGUGUUCUGUCGAGGUAUCCAACACCGGUCGGGUUGCAGGCGCGACAGUCGUCCAGCUGUAUGCUUCUUUACCCGAGAAGAACAUCCCAGCAAAGAGCCCAGUCCGGAUGCUGCGCGGGUUCGAGAAGGUCCAUCUUGAGCCUGGGAAGGCCAAGAAAGUUUCGUUCAGCCUGAAACGUCGCGAUCUGAGUUAUUGGGAUGUUACUAUCCAGGACUGGGUGGUUCCGAAUGGUCAUAUCAAAUUCAGUGUUGGCUUCAGCUCAAGGGAUUUGAAGUCUUCGACGACUGUUCGAUUGGUAAAGUAA